AUGGACAGCGGAGGCGCGAGAGGAGGAGACCACGGCCGCCACCACCUCGGCCAGCUUCGGCCGGCAACGUGGAGCUUCGCCGGUGGCGGCGGCGUCCCGUGGCCGGUGGCGGGACAGAGGUCGUCGUCGUCGUCGUACAUGUGCGGCUACUGUAAGAGGGAGUUCCGGUCCGCGCAGGCGCUGGGAGGCCACAUGAACGUCCACCGGAGGGAGAGGGCCAGGCUGUGCUACUACUACUCCUGCGCCGCCGCCCACCGGGUGCUUCCAAACCUCAACUUCGCGCCGGCGCAGUACCAUUGCAGCAGCGACACGGCGACGACGAGGACUCCGCCUGCCGUCUACAGCUUCUUCUCCACGGCGGCGGCGGACGCUGCCACGUCAACGGCGGCGAAGGCUGCUGCGUUGGAGGUGAACGUGGAGCUUGGUGUCGGAGGAGGGUUCGGUGAUGGUGGUGGAGGUGGAGGUUUGGAUCUUGAGCUCAGGCUUGGUUGCUCUUGA